UGAUUCGGCAAAGCCGCGAUCAUGUCCGCGCACAGCGUUACCCCAAGUCCUUGUCCUCCAUGACCUGACUGACUCUUCCCCCUUCGUGGCUGACCGUCAAUCUCUCCAAAAACCACCACCCUGCAAUUCUCGAUCCGCUCGCUCAAUUGCAAGCGAAGCCGGGGACAUCUGACGCAAUGGCGCCCUUCGCAAACCCGUCCUCGGCUGAACACCAGUUGGGCACGUCAUACAGGUCACACCGAAGCUCCUUUGGCCCCUCUUCGCCCAUCGCAGAAGCCGCCAUUGCGCGCGACCUCGAAGACGACCCCUACGACUCCGCCACUAGCGACGAAGACCUAGACUCCGAGAAUGUCGCCCUGCCCUCCGAAUACACGCUCGCCGAAGGCUACCGCCGGCCCAGCGUGUAUGCCACGGGCCCGCGCGCCGCCGUCGUCCAGAGCCUGAGCGUCCCAGAGCACCAAUACUUGACAAAGAGGGACAGAGAUGCCGCGAGGGUUGAAGAGCGCAGUCUGCUCCGCGACAACAACAUCAUUCCGCCGAAGCACCCGCGUGCCCGCGCGCACAGCGGUUCGCGGUCCUUCAAGAGCCUUAGCGCGCAACUCUCCAUGCCUGGACUGCGGCGCGCGGCACGGGACCAAGAACCUGCCAUUGGUGGCGAUGCUACGGAAGAGACGUCCUUGCUUGGCGACUCGACUCAGCCCUAUGGUGGACAAGACACACCGGAAAACAUAAACAAGAGAUGGGAGGAGGCAGUCGCGGCAGGCAAGAUCCAGACGAGCUGGCGCCGAGAGGCAAAGGUGCUGACCAGGUACUCGAGCCCGCUGAUCCUCACGUUCUUGCUGCAGUACAGCUUGACGGUCGCGAGUAUCUUCACUGUUGGACAUAUUGGAAAGAUAGAGCUGGGUGCGGUUAGCUUGGCCAGUAUGACGGCCAACAUUACCGGAUACUCGGUCUACCAGGGCCUGGCGACAAGUCUGGACACGCUGUGCGCGCAGGCAUAUGGCUCAGGCAGGAAGACGCUCGUUGGCUUGCAGCUUCAGCGCAUGGUGUACUUCCUGUGGGUUAUUACUAUUCCUAUUGCUGCUAUAUGGCUUGCCGGCACACAGAUUCUGGAAGCUAUCGUCCCCGAAAAAGAGACGGCAAAGCUGGCUGGUCUAUACCUGAAGGUUAUCCUAUUCGGCGCUCCAGGAUAUGCUGCCUUUGAAAGUGGAAAGAGAUAUGUGCAGGCACAGGGUCUCUUUUCAGCAACGACAUACGUUCUGCUAGUCUGCGCGCCGCUGAACGCGCUCAUGAACUGGCUGUUCGUCUGGCGCUUCAAAUGGGGUUUCAUCGGCGCGCCCAUCGCCGUCGCCGUAACGGAAAACAUGCUCCCACUCUGCCUCUUCCUCUACGUGUACCUAAUUGACGGCCGGCAAUGCUGGGGCGGCUUCGAGCGCCGCGCCUUUAGCAACUGGGGACCGAUGAUCCGGCUCGCACUCCCCGGACUCGUCAUGGUCCUCGCCGAGUUCCUCGCCUUCGAGAUCCUGACCCUCUCCGCCAGCUGGAUCAGCACGACGCACCUAGCGGCGCAAAGCGUCCUCUCCACGCUAACGGCCAUAACAUUCCAAAUCCCGUUCCCGGUCUCGAUAGCCGCAAGCACGCGCAUCGCCAACCUAAUCGGGGCGACGCUCUCGCGGCCCGCAAAGACAGCCGCCAAAGUCGCACUCGUAGCCUCCGUCUUCAUCGGCCUGCUAAACGUGACGCUCCUGUCCAGCCUACGCAACUACAUCCCGCAGCUCUUCACCAACGACGCGGACGUCGUCGACGUCGUCGCAGCCGUGCUGCCCCUGUGCGCGGCGUUCCAGCUCUUCGACGCCCUCGCUGCCUGCUGCAACGGCAUUCUGCGCGGCCUCGGCCGCCAGGAAAUCGGCGGCUACGUCAACCUCUUCGCUUACUACGUCGUCGCUAUGCCGAUUUCUUUCGGCACCGGCUUCGGUCUUGGAUGGGGCUUGUUUGGCCUUUGGGCCGGUCCGGCCCUGGCGCUGGGUUUGGUUGCGGGGAUUGAGGGCUGGUUUAUUCAUAGGACGAGUUGGGAGUCGGCGGUUGAGGAGGCUCAUAAGCGGAAUACGAUGGCUUAGGGGACGGAAGAAAAGUUUUGUGUUUGGUUUUUGGGGUUGAUUUUGGGUUUGGACUUGGGCUUGGGUUUUUGGGGCUAGGUUGGGCUUUGGUAAUUUGUUGUGCGUGUUUGCAUGCAUGUGCUUGGUGUUUGGUUUGGGGGGAUACCAGUCUUUUUUCCUUGCAUUUGUUCAUGAUAGCCUUGGUAGUAAUAAAUAAAGUAUACAGGUACAGUCGAGGUUGGUUAGAAAGCUUGAACUCCGGAC